UCUUCUUCCUUCCUUCCUCCCUUCCUCCCUCCCUGCCACAAAAUCAAACAAUAGAACAGUCAUAGGGGAGUGGUCUUUGUUUUGUCCUCCACUGUAUCCCCAGCACUUAGAACCCUGUCUGGAUGCUCCACAUGUUGAAGUGAGUGCGUCUCCGGUGGGGGUGUGUGCGCGUGGAUGUGCCUACUUGUGCACCCCCUGCCUUUAGAAAUCACGGGACAGCGCGGCAGAAGCCCUGGAACCCGCUUUCUCUCCUGGGUGCCAUCGCCCCCACUUUUGUCACCUGCGCCCCACGCCGGCUCCAGGGGAUGGUGGGGACAAAGGGAGACUGGAAACCAGAGCCCAAGGCUCAUACCUGGCUUACCAGAAACUUUCUGCUGAAUUAACCGUCUUUUAAAAUGUUUAUAAGAGAGCGCGAGUGAGCAGGGGAGGGGGCAGAGAGAGAGGGAGAGAGAGAGAAUCCCACACAGGCUCCGCGCUGUCAGACAAUCCCACAGGCCCUGAGACCCCGGCCUGAGCCAAAAUCGAGUCAGGUGCUUAACGGACUGAGCCACCCAGGCGCUCCUGAAUUAGCCAUUCGUCAAUCCUUUUGGUGGGGGGAGGAGGAGGGUGAGGUUUCAUUUAUUGGGGGCUCCUGCUGUGCAGAGGGCUAACCAGCUCGGGCUCCCCAGAGCACCACAACAAGGCAGGAAGGACCACCGGCUCUCUGCCUGCCCUGGUCCUCACUUACCCCUCUGCAGAGCUCGUACCCUCUUUGGAUUAGGCAGGGGGGUGGGGGCACCCAGAGGAAGACCUGAGGCCCUGCCCCGCCGGUGAGGGGGAGGGCACGUGUCCCCUGGACUGGGCCUCCGUGGGAAUACGUGCGUGAAGAUGCUUCAGCGGCCGCCUCCGAGAGCCCCAUCCAGGCCCCAGUCAGUGGAUUCACCUCCACGGCUAAUCGCUCUCGUAAUUACACCUUGCGACGGCUCUGAGGGAGCGUUAUGACCCUCCUUUGGAAGAUGAGGAAACUGAAGACUGUAGCAAUGAAGCUAGAAAGUGGCAGUGGACACAUGUGAGAUGAAACCUGCAGAUUCCAAGAGAAAAGCUUUUUUCACUUCGAUUUUUCUCCGGCUUUCCGUGACUUUGCAAACGACCUUCCUCUGGUCAUCGAAAAGAUUGCCUUCUAGGCUGACGCUUGUGCUUGGCCUGGCAACGCUGAUUGCUGCCUUUGGGUCAUCCUUCCAGUAUGGGUACAACGUGGCCGCCAUUAACUCCCCUGCCCAGUUCAUGAAAACGUUUUACAACAAGACCUACUAUGAGCGGAACAAUGGCUACAUGGACGAGUUUGCCUUGACGUUGCUGUGGUCUGUUUCCGUGUCCAUGUUUCCCUUCGGAGGCUUCGUCGGGUCCCUCAUGGUCGGCCCCCUGGUGAAUAACUUUGGCAGGAAAGGGACCUUGCUCUUCAACAACAUCUUUUCCAUAGUGCCCGCCGUCUUAAUGGGGUGCAGCAAGGUCGCCGGGUCUUUCGAGAUGAUCAUUUUGUCCAGACUUUUGGUGGGAAUAUGUGCAGGUCUGUCCUCCAAUGUUGUCCCCAUGUACCUGGGAGAGCUGGCCCCUAAAAACCUGAGGGGGGGCCUCGGGGUGGUGCCUCAGCUGUUCAUCACCAUCGGCAUCCUCGUGGCUCAGAUCUUCGGCCUUCGGAGCCUCCUCGCGAGCGAAGAAGGCUGGCCGAUCCUCCUCGGGGUGACCGGGGUCCCCGCGGCUCUCCAGCUCCUACUAUUACCCUUUUUCCCCGAGAGCCCCCGGUACCUGCUGAUUCAGAAGAAGGACGAGGUAGCUGCCCAAACCGCGCUGAAGAGGCUGCGUGGCUGGGACGACGUGGGCCCCGAGAUGGAGGAGAUCCGGCAGGAGGACGAGGCCGAGAGGGCCGUGGGCUUCGUCUCCGUGCUGAAGCUGUUCCGCAUGAGGUCCCUGCGGUGGCAGGUCAUCUCCGUCAUCGUCCUCAUGGGCGGCCAGCAGCUGUCGGGGGUGAACGCGAUCUACUACUACGCGGACCAGAUCUACCUGAGCGCGGGGGUGAAGGAGAAUGACGUCCAGUACGUGACAGUGGGCACCGGGGCCGUCAACGUGCUGAUGACCGUCUGUGCCGUGUUCGUGGUGGAGCUCUUGGGGCGAAGGUUCCUGCUCCUUCUGGGUUUCUCCGUCUGCUUCACGGCUUGUUGCGUGCUGACGGCGGCCCUGGCCUUGCAGGACACAAUAUCCUGGAUGCCUUACGUCAGCAUCGCCUGCAUCAUCGCCUACGUCGUGGGACACGCCCUUGGGCCCAGCCCCGUCCCCGCGGUGCUCAUCACGGAAACCUUCCUGCAGUCCUCCCGGCCGGCCGCCUUCAUGGUGGGGGGCAGCGUGCACUGGCUCUCCAACUUCACGGUGGGCUUGAUCUUCCCGUUCGUCCAAGUGGGCCUCGGAGCCUACAGCUUCGUCAUUUUCGGCGUGAUCUGUCUCCUCACGACCAUCUACACCUUCCUGGUGGUCCCCGAGACCAAGGCCAAGACCUUCAUAGAGAUCAAUCAGAUUUUCACCAAGAUGAAUAAGGUGUCAGAGGUGCACCGGGAAAAAGAGGAACUGGAGGAAUUUCCACCCUCUCCUCGGGGGCAGUAACUCGAGGGAAGGAGCCUGCUGAGCGGGUCUGCGCCGGCUGCCCUCCCGGGCUUUUGUCCCGGCCAAUAGCCGUGAACGUGCGGGACUAGGCGCCGUCCGGGGUGGAAUGCACCGGGGCUGUGCCGUCUGUCUCCAGGUGACCGCCGCCAACCCCGAGUCCCGGGGAGCAGGCGCCCCUCGCGGCGCUGGGCUAGCCGUCAGGUCCUGAUAACGCCGGCUCUCACGACAAAAAUCAUUAGUGUCGUGGUGGGAUGGAAAGAAUCACAUCUGGCCAGAGAAACACCUCUUCUGAAAUCCACGGGUCUUCUGGGGACCAGAGGCCCGCGUUCAGGGGAAUUCUUCCUCUUGCCCGAUCCGUCUCCAGAAACGCCAGUCCUGGAAAGUGUGAUGUCCGAGAAGCUGCGAAGCAGGUCCCUAUGGAGACUUCAAUGGAGUCGGAGCUUGUUAAUUCCGGAUUAUAUUGCUGAAGGGCAGCGAAUGGCAUUGCCUCUGAAUGCUCAAUAAAACACAUAUGAUCCCUUUUA